AGUUGCAAAAAUCCCUGCUGAAGUCGUACGAAGAACGUGAACCUGCAAAAUCUCAAGCAUGUGGUAGUAGCCAGGUCAAUGUACAUCAACCUGGUCCACUUUUUAGUGAUAUAGUAAAACAGAAGAAUAGGGACAACUCAUCUAUUCUUUUGAUUCAAUCUGUUGGGAGCAACUCCUCUGACACAAGCAAGGUGUUAGAUGACAUAAAAUCAUCUGUCAAUUUGGCCAGCAUGAAUAUAUGU